AUGCCGCCUGCGAGCUCCUCCUUCACGCCUCUCAAUGUCUCGGACGACAUUGUGCCAGAAUGGCUGGGCUCCUUCACCUUGGCAGCGCCCCCAAAUACCGACCUUUGGAGAAAGCCUCCAUCCGGUGAUGUUUCCACGGCCCCGAUACUUUACACAGCGCUGCGCAAUCCUUUCAUAGCCGCUGAAGUUACAGUGUCUGCUGAUUGGGAGUUGGAAUGGGAUCAAGGGGGGUUGGUCAUAUUCGCGGGCACACCGCCAGGACAAAUUGCGGCAAGACAAGCACAACAAGCAGCAGCAGCGGCGGCGGCGGCGGCAACAACAACAUCACCACAAUCAACAACAACAUCAACAACCAGCACCCUCGAGCCAGUCGUAGUCGACAGCCGCGGACCCCCACCCGCCUACCCAGCAGUGCAAACGCCAGCCUCAAAAUGGGUCAAAGUCGGCCUGGAAUUCUGCAACAACGCCUGCCACGCGACGUCUGUAGUCGCAAACUCUGACGGCGCCGACUGGUCGCUUUCGGCGCUCCCAGCGCACCAGCAGCGACGCUACGACUUGCGGGUCAAGAUUGAGCGGAUUGGCUAUGCGCUUUGGGUAUGGUACGAGGAUGAUUUGGUCGGCUGGAAAAAGUUGAGGGAGGUGACGUGGUUUUUCUGGGGCGUCGAGGAUAAGGCGGUCAGGGUGGGCGUGUAUGCUAGUCGUCCGGCUAACUUUGGCCUCAGCAUGUUUGAUGCCAGACGGACUGCGGCGAAUGGCGAGGCUGGCGGUGAUGGGAGGUUUCAAGCAAGGAAUCUGUGUGUGGAUUUUGAAGGGUUGGAGAUUUUUUGA